AUGGCGUCAGCAAAUAAAUUCACUGAAAUUGUGCUAUAUCUGCUCGAUCUUCCAGCAGAACUUCUGAACAUUUUCAAAGCGAAAAAGUUCACGGAAGACACGUUAAUCAACAUUUCCCGCGACGAGCUUGGAGAAUCUUUACAAUCGGAGGAAACAGAGUGGAAUAUAAACGAAAUCUUCCGUCGCCUAACUGAAUGGCGCAAGGCAAACGGAUGCGGCCUUUUCACCUUUGACGAGGUGUACGUCCAGGAGGAGUACACGCAGGAGGACGACGCGCAGGAGGACGACGCGCAGGAGGACGACGCGCAGGAGGACGACGCGCAGGAGGACGACGCGCAGGAGGACGACGCGCAGGAGGACGACGCGCAGGAGGACGACGCGCAGGAGGACGACGCGCAGGAGGACGACGCGCAGGAGGACGACGCGCAGGAGGACGACGCGCAGGAGGACGACGCGCAGGAGGACGACGCGCAGGAGGACGACGCGCAGGAGGACGACGCGCAGGAGGACGACGCGCAGGAGGACGACGCGCAGGAGGAGGACGUGCAGGAGGAAGACGGACAGGAGGAUGACGCGCAGGAGGAGAACACGCCUCCACGCGGAAAUAAUCAACCCACGGACGUCAGUGACGGCAUAAAACCACUAUUCAAGAACCCACCAGAGCCUGUAGAUGCUUCCGACAAAAUUGCUCCGAGUGUCCAAAUCAAGGUAGUCAAGAGAUUUUGUGUAAAAACUCUUGUUGAUUUGCUGAACACAACAAUAACAGGGAAGGAAAUUUUGAAGCGAGGCCAGCGAGGUCUUUUAUCAAAAGAAAGUCAGCGGGAGCUGGUUGGAGUUAUCGCCGAUUAUCACAUUAGCCUGGGAACUUCCUUGAAAGAGGAGAGUCUUCGUGACUACGGUGAAGCAAUUGUUGCUCAAUUCAGACACGAGACAUUGGAUACGUAUUUUGUAGCAAGAAGUGGAAAGAGAAAGAACCAUGGCGGAAAAUUAUUCAAUAGAAUUACAAACUUAAAACAAAAAUUGAUCAAACGCGCGUUUAAGGAAGAAGAACAUUUGCAUGGGAAAAAAUCAAAGGUUGACCCAUUCGUUCCUAAAGAUCCGGUGGCAGAAGAAGCGAUACUGUGGCUAGAACAGAAUUCUUGUCCGUGGAGCACAGUUCUGGACAAGUGGAUUGUGUCUUUUGAUAUCAGGAAACCCCACUUAUUGAAAUCAAAAAUCGUCGAAGAAGUUCUCACAAGACAUCGCCAUUAUUCUGGCAAGCAUGGAUACCAGAUCAUAGACAUUGAUUUCAAAUUAUUGAAAUUGGGAAACGACAAAGGCAUCAACAAAUGGGAUCAAUUUCUACCGAAGAUCAUCGAGUACCUUGAUAAACCUUACAAAGACGAACUAUCAAUCAAUCUUCUUGGAUUUAUAAAAACACCUGGAGCUGAUAAAAAUUCAAUUAUCUCAGCUGUUUUGAUCCUGCUGAAUAACGUCCUGAAACCCACUAAAGUGACUAAAACAUUCAAGCCAUCCAUUUUGUCAGCUCAGGAAGAUAUUAUUUUUUUUGCGGAAACGAAUGGUCAAGCGGUACAAAAAAUCAACGACUUUAAUUCAUCUUACGAGUCAUUAGGUUUCUACACCAUCCCAAAGCUGGUAUUCAGAGGCAAAGACAUAACAUCAUUAAGUGGCGGAUACGAAGUGCAUUAUAAAUCGAUAGUGUAUAAGCUAGAAACAGCAGAAAGGGCGAUUGAUGUUCUGGUGAAACUCAGCACGAUUUUCGGAUUGGAGUAUUCCAGAAUUUGUCGACUGGUAUGGAACUUUAUUUGUUCUUAUGUAUAUGAUUUGGUAGUACCAGAGCAAUAUGAAUCAAUCAACAACCUCAAACGAUUCUUACCAAAAAUACAAUAAUAUGUUCACCUGCAUGAUCGAAGGUUGCAUAGUGAAUGCUAUGUCUGUUUACCCGUAUUUUGAUCAUCUCACCAAUAUCCACAAGGUCCCAAGGAACUAUCGAUAUAAAUGCACCUUUCAACGAUGUUGUCAAAUACUUUCCAAUUGGUAUGUAUUCAAAAGACAUGCAU